ACAUCUAUUCGUUUUUUCUUGGUCUCACACUCUUCCCUCUUGCAACAGGUCAACGAAUGUAUUAUCAUAAUGAACAAUAUUCUACGCCUUUUGUACCGCAAGGAUAUUGGCAAGACGCACAACGAUGUGCGUGAUAUAAUGCUUAUUCUACUGCGCACCAUCAUCAAGACUUCACACGCACUCGAUCGCGAAAACCAACUAGUCGGCAAUCUGGUGGCCAUCAUGUUGGGCAUCCUGCAGCGCAUGGAUGCCGCACACUACGAUAUCUUCGUUAAGCAUCUGAACAAUCGUUUUGAGCUGCAAGAUUUCAUCAUUGAAAUACUUUUAGUAUUCGAAGAACUCGUCUCGCCACAUCAGAAGCCCGUUUUCUCGCGCGAUUGGAUGGAUAUGAUAAUGCACCAAAAUACAGUUAUACUGCGCUCGUUGCAACACAUUUCCGUAGUCAUCAUCGAUCACUUUUUCGAUCCCUUCGAGAAGCAAGUGUGGUCGAAUUUCUUCCAGUGCUCCAUAGCAUUCCUUAUCCAGUCGCCGUUGCAGUUAAACGACUUCAAUGACAACAAACGGCAAGUCAUCUUCGCUCGGUCGGACAUACGCAAGGACACUGCGCAGGAGAUACGUAAGAUGUGGUUCCAGUUGGGCGAGCACAAGCCGAAAUUCGUACCCCAGCUGGUUGAGCCGAUACUCGAAAUGAGCAUGAUACCAGAGGUGGAGCUGCGUAAAGCGACCAUACCCAUCUUUUUCGAUAUGAUGCAGUGUGAGUAUUAUAGCUCGAAAAUGCUGCCCAACAGCUAUGGCGAUACGAAGCGCAAUCAUUUGCAUUACAAGGCGAACUUUAACGAAUUCGAAACGGAAAUGAGAAAAUUGGAUAUACUGAUUGGUGCAGGCAAAGGAGAUGCCGACUACAAGGACCUCUUUCAAUGCAUUAUGAUGGAGAAGUGUCAGGCGCACAAUAUACUUAAUAUCGAGGGCACAAAAUUUGUGAAUAUGGUGACAAAGCUUAUUGAACGCCUACUCGAGUAUCGCUGCAUCAUACAGGACGAGAGCAAGGAGAAUCGCAUGGCUUGUACAUUCUCGCUGCUGCAAUUCUACUCGCAGGUGAAUCGCAAAGAGAUGUACAUACGAUACGUGUACAAGCUUUGCGACCUGCAUAUGGAGUUCAACAACUACACUGAGGCCGCUUUCACACUGAAACUGCACACAGAGUUGUUGCAAUGGAACGACACAGAAUUGUCGCCCCUCUUGCGCUCCCAUCGGCAUAUGGCGUGUCGCACGCAUCGCGAACUCAAAGAGGCGCUCUACUAUGAAAUCAUAGACUACUUCGAUAGGGGACACAUGUUCGAGUGUGCCAUCGAUAUGUGCAAAGUGCUGGCACAAGAAUACGAGAAUGAGAUCUAUGACUAUUUGAAAUUGGCGAAAAUGCUAGCAAAGAUGGCUCAGUUUUAUGAGAAAAUAUUGAAUGAGCUGCGCCACACAUCAGAAUAUUUCCGUGUUUGCUUCUAUGGUCUGGGCUUUCCACGUUUCCUCCAAAAUAAGGCAUUCAUAUUUCGGGGAGAGGAAUAUGAGCGUUUGAGUGACUUCUGUUCGCGCAUUUUGGUGCAGCAUCCACAAGCAGAACUCAUGCAGACUCUAGAGGCGCCAGGUGAGGAUAUCACACAAGCGGACGGUCAAUUCAUACAAGUGAAUAAGGUGGAGCUGAUGAAUGAGAAUUUCAUAAAAUUCGAAGGAAAGAUGGUAUCAAGCAAAAUUGUCAACUAUUUUACUUCGAAUAAUGUGCAGAAAUUCCAAUUCUCACGCCCCUAUCGCGAAAGCAACGGCUGUGGCGGCGUGGAUGAUGUGCGUAGCCUCUGGUUGGAAAGAACGGUGAUGACCACAAGUUAUUCCCUGCCAGGCAUAUUGCGCUGGUUCCCACUUGCAGACACGAAAAAAUUCAAGAUAUCACCCCUCGCUUUGGCUAUUGAAACAAUGAAGAAGACCAAUAAGGAUAUACGCGACCUGAUUAUUGAGCACAGGAAUGAUGAAACAUUGGCCAUAAAUCCGCUUAGCAUGAAAAUCAAUGGCAUUGUCGACCCAGCAGUCAUGGGUGGCUUCAACAAGUAUGAGGAUGCCUUCUUGACAUCUGAUUUGGAUGAACACCCCGAGGAGAAACAUCUAGUGGAGGAAUUAAAAGACUUAAUCGCCUCGCAGAUACCACUACUCGAAAUUGCCAUCACAUUGCACAAACACAAGGCCCCAGAAAGCUUAAAACUCUUCCAUGAACGUAUGGAGCAAUGCUUCGCUGAUAUGCAGGCGAGUGUAGAAAACAAAUAUGGCAAGAAGACCUGUGACUUGAAGCUAGAUCGCGAGUCGGUGAUUAUGCGUCGCAAUGGCUCCUUCCUACCUGGCAUGUUCGAGGGCAAUAAUCGCUUAUCGGAAACGAGCAUGGGCUCGUCAGAUAGCGGCUUGUCGAAAUCUACUUCCUCGACACGUCCACAAACCAGUUCGAUAAAAUCAACAUUCGCGAGUUUCAAUUUCAACCCCAGACCUAGCCUCGGCCAUUCGCCCAGCACAAAAAGCAAGUCUAAAGAGAAAACGCCCUCAAAACGGCGCUCAAUGAAAAAGUUGGAUCGCGAAACGCUGAGCCUACCAGUUGCCAAUAGUCAGUGGUAUAUGUCACCACUGACAACAAUAACGGCAACACCCGAACGGGAGUCAAUUACAUCGAUUGCAUCAAUAACGAGCGCCUCCAAUUCCUCUUUAACAGCUAAAUCACCAGAUCCUAAAGUGUUGACGCAAGAGUUAACCACAAAGCGACCAUUGCGUUCUGAGAAGGAAAAGGAACGACGUUUGUCACGCCCUGCCAGCAUCGCCACACCGACUACUGGCAUGAAAGGAUUCUCCGGUACUGAUGCGCAUUCAUUGUCGGGUGCGGAUAGCAGCAAUCGUAAUUCUGUUGGUGAGUGAAAAUUUCGAAAGAACGAGUUAUAGAAAGGAUAUGAUCUAAAGAAAGGAAUUAAAUGUAUGUGAGUUCUCUCCAACCCUUGCAACAUUGCGGGGGAAAAAGUUAUUCGUAUUAAUUUUUUUCUGCCUUUCAUUUGGGACUAGUUCGGGAUCACUUUGGGACAAGUAAAAAAAAAGUUUCAAGACUUGUUGUCAUUUUAGGACAACUUCGAGGUCAUUUCAAGAUAGUUCGAAACUUGUCACGAAAAACUGAAUCGCCUAAUGC